AUGUCUGCCUUCGGUCACGGCAAGGCCUGGAUGGAGGAGGCCAGAGACUUUGGCCUCAAGGCUGCCGAAGGACCAGAAUACCAGUCUCUGUGCAAAGCUAAACUCGUAUUCCUGGGAGAGCAGAGCGUAGGAAAGACAUCCAUCAUCACCCGCUUCACGUACGACAGCUUCGGCUGCACCUUCCAGGCAACUGUUGGAGUUGACUUCUUGUCUAAGACCAUGUGCUUGGAGGACCGAAUAGUUCAGCUGCAGCUAUGGGACACAGCUGGCCAGGAGCGCUUUCACAGCCUGAUUCCUAGCUACAUUCGUGGUUCGACUAUUGCAGUGGUUGUCUAUGAUCCCGGCGACAUCAGUUCUUUUAAGGAGACAGAUAAGUGGGUAGAACAUGUUCGAGCAGAAAGAGGUGACGAUGUUGUCAUCAUGUUGGUGGGUAACAAGAUUGAUUUGAAUAACAAAAGACAAGUUACUGCAGAAGAGGGUGAAGAAAAAUCCAGAAACCUCAAUGUGAUGUUUAUUGAGACCAGUGCCAAAACCAGUUACAACGUGGACAAGCUGUUCCGACAUGUGGCUUCUGUCCUUCCUUCCACAAGUACUUCACAUCCACCAAAAGAGGGGCCAAUUGAAAUUCAACUGGAGCCCUUCAAGGAGUCAGGCAACAGGAACUGCCGUUCCCAGUGACAGCUUAGGCUUUCUCUGCCUCAUUUCAUGGGUUUCCUCCAUCUGGGCUUGCCACACCAGUUCUCCCCCACCUCGUUGUAUGAUACAUGGCCGCUUACUGGCUUCCAGUUCCUAGCCUUGGGGUAAAAACAGAACCCCUGACAGUGCUAUCAUAUUUUUCUGACUGCAUCUCACAGCUACUGGGCAGAAGCUUCUUGCCUCACCUGGGAAUUGUACCUUACCUUCUCAGAUGGCUAAAAGACAUCUAUAGAGAAUACAGUUCUACAGCAGCCGACAUACUUCGAAGGCAGAUACAAUUCAAUCUCCACUCUUUGUUGUUGUUUUUCACCUACACCCUCAAUAAAUGACUGGUCCUUUAACCUAA